AUGGCUAUGAAGACUUUCUCAACUAAGGUGUAUCUUGGAGAUAUCGUUCGCAUAUCUGGCGACAGUACUAAUGAAUUAGGUUUAGUGUCGAAGACUUGGUUUGAAUUUGAGGAUCCACCGGAGGAAGAUUCAAUUUCCGAACUCCCUUCUGGAAUGGCUAUGCAGUUGUAUCUUGGUUAUCUGGAAAAUCACCUGAAAAUGUUCAUGAGGAUCAGUUGGAGGUUAUUGACAGAUAUCCUUCCUGAGAUGAAUUUUGUUGGAGAUGUUGUAAAGAGAUCAGGAAACGAAAUGAUAUCUGGAACGAUUAUCGGUGUGAAUGGAGUCGCAGACAUCAAACAUAAAGUUGCUAAUGUGGCUAUUACACAA